CCGGAAGGGACCGCAUUUCGCCUCGCUCCUCGACGUUUUCCCAAAGAGGCACCCGAGUUCCCGAGUCUUCUUCGAGCCUCCUUUCCUCCUCCUCCUCCUCCUCCUCCCGUCCCUGUUCCACGAUGCACGUCGUUCCGGGACCUUCUUUGUUUCUCCUCCUCGCCCUCUGCUGCCUCUCCGCUUGCGGAUGGCAAAUCAGGGAUAGGAUCGGCGAUAACGAGUUGGAGGAACGAAUAAUAUAUCCAGGAACGUUGUGGUGCGGGCAUGGUAACAAGGCGUCCGAUCCGAGCCAACUAGGCUGGUUAAAGCACACGGAUGCAUGCUGUCGAACUCACGAUAUGUGCCCCGACGUGAUGUCAGCUGGUGAAUCGAAGCACAAUCUGACCAACCCGGCCUCCCACACCAGGUUGUCGUGCGACUGUGACGACGAGUUCUAUACUUGUCUGAAAAAUUCGGGAGACACGAUUAGCGCGUAUUUCGUAGGAAAUAUGUACUUCAAUCUGAUAGACACGAAGUGUUACAAAUUGGAGCAUCCCGUCACCGGUUGCGGUGAGAAGGUCGAGGGUCGUUGCCUUCACUACACGGUGGACGAAAGCAAGCCGAAAGUCUACCAAUGGUUCGAUCUUCGCAAGUACUGAUAAAAUUGGGACGAGUUUCUUGUCUUGUAAUU